UGUCAAUGUUUGAAAACAAAUCAUUUCGAUAUCCACGUGCGUGAUUAGUUGUUAACAUGCAGGUAUUAAUUAGAGGCUUCCUAAAUGGCAGUCUUGGCUGGGUUAAAGUUCCUUCACCCAACUCUGCAGCGACUCCAGCAAUGGCAAAGAAGAAACUGUCGGAAUCGGAUAAGCCUGACCUGGACAUGGACAAAUGUUUCAAGACCCUAAGAACAGAGCUUAGUAAUCAGAAUGCAGAGUCCAAAUUGGAUUUGUUUACCGAAUGGGACACGCUAGUCGAGGAUGUGCUGGUGAAGGACAUCUCAAAACACUAUCCAAUGCAUAGAUUCAUAACCGAGGACAAGAUUAACCACAAGAGACGCAGUGAAUCGAGGCUGAGCAUCAGCAAGCCUUCCUACCUGAAGCAUGCCCUCAUUAUGCAUGGAUUGGGAACUGAUUUCUCAUAUCCCGUUUCUCAGCUGCAGAAUAUUGAGAGAGUUACGAGCACUGCACAUGCGUUAAGCAGCGUGGGCAGCAGCCAACGGAAUGUGUGCAUGGUUGUUCAGGAAUUUGCGAAUAUGGCUGACCAGGAUCUCAUUCAGUUGCAGCAAGAACCGGGAGAUGAUCAGCCCGAAGAUUGGAUCAAAAGUGAAAGUGAAGACUCUGAAGAUGAAGCUGAACCAGAAUAUAAACCAAAACGUAAGCGAAGUCAAAGGAAGGAGAAUGUCAAGACACGCCCAGCUGAACGGAUAGAUUCACCACCAGAUCCACCUUUACCCGGUCACAGCUUAUAAAUUGUAUAAAGAAUUGUUAAUUUCUACAUCGAUUAAAAUUAGCAGUCAUUAAAAUUGGAAAGCUUACUAU